GUGGAAGGCAGGCUUGCUGGGCCUGGGGCUCACGAACAUCUUUGGGGGAGCCCGGGCCUCUGUGUGGCAGGGAGGUCCCGGAGUCUCCUGCACUCCCGCCGGGCUCGGGGCUCUGGAACAUGACGGGACACCGCCCGGAGGGUGGGCGUGGAGGCUGAGGAGGGCUGGGGUUCCUCCAGUGCCUUCAGGUCUGCGGCUGAGGGGCGACCCGCGGCCGGACCCAGGGGUGGCUGACAGCCCGUCUGUGUCCUCCCCAGAUCUGCGCUGCCCACGUCAUGGACCCUGAGGUGUCCCUGAUGCUGCUCUGCCCUCCCGGGGGGCUGUCCCAGGAGCAAGUAGAGGUGGAGCUGAGCCCAGCCUACGACCGUCGCUUCCUGCCGGGAGCCGACAAGACCAUCACCGCCAUCUGGGAAGCCCGGCUGCAAUCCCAACCCUGGCUCUUCGAUGCCCCCAAGUUCCGCCUUCACUCAGCCACGCCGGCGCCCCGUGACUCACCAGGACCACAGCUACUCCUGCGCCUGGGUCUUACUUCCUACCGAGACUUCCUGGGCACCAACUGGGCCAGUUCGGCCUCCUGGCUGCGACAGCAGGGAGCUGCGGAUUGGGGUGACAGACAAGCCUAUCUGGCAGACCCCCUGGGGGUGGGUGCUGUGCUGGCCACUGCUGAUGACUUUGUGGUCUUCCUGCGCCGCUCUGGGCAGGUGGCGGAAGCCCCGGGGCUGGUGGACGUGCCCGGUGGGCAUCCUGAGCCUCAGGUCCUGUGCCCUGGUGGUGUCCCCCAGCACAAGAUCCUUCCCAGGGAGCUGGUGGUACGUGAACUCUUCUCCAGUGUGCUGCAGGAGAUCUGCGAUGAGGUGAACCUGCCCCUGCUCACUCUGAGCCAGCCCCUUCUCUUGGGCAUCGCCAGAAAUGAGACCAGCGCCGGCCGGGCCAGUGCCGAGUUCUAUGUCCGGUGCAGCCUCACUUCUGAGGAGGUGAGGAGCUACUACCUGAGUGGGGGACCCGAGGCCCACGAGUCUGCAGGGAUCAUCUUUGUGGAGAUGCAGCGGGUGCAGCGAUUGCAGGAGACGGAGCUCUGGGCUGAGCUCUGCCCCUCAGCCAAAGGCGCCAUCCUCCUGCACAACCAGGCCCAAGGAAGCCCUGCCUGACUCGCCCAGGGACCCCAGGCCUGUCACCAAAGCUCUGAGAACAAUAAAGCACUUUAUUCUUGGA